AUUCUAGAAAGUGAAGGAACAGUCUAGUACAAACUUGGAUAGAAACAUUCAAGCCGUACAACUCUGAAGUUCCCAUAUAUCCACGUCACUCCACUCUCCCUUCCCUUCGAUAAUGCCAGCUCUCGUCGCCUCUUCACCGGUUAUCUCCGCCGCUUCUCUCUCUAAACCUCUCCAUUCCCUCUCUAAAGCCGCAGCACUACCUCUAUUCAAACCCGUUUGCCCUUUCCCCAAAACCGCUCGUUCCAUCUCCAUCUACAAGCCCCCGAUGAACAACCUCUUCAACAGGCUCGGAUACGGGUCUCGUUCCCAACAAGACCCGUCUUCCGUGGCUAUUGCACAAGGACCUGACGAUGAUGUUCCUUCGCCAGGUCAGCAGUUCGCGCAGUUCGGCGCAGGUUGCUUUUGGGGACUGGAGUUGGCUUACCAGAGAGUCCCUGGUGUGACCAAGACUGAGGUUGGGUAUAGCCAUGGGUUUGUUCACAAUCCGAUAUACGAGGAUGUAUGUACGGGCAUGACCGGACAUAACGAGGUUGUUAGAGUUCAGUACGACCCUAAAGAGUGUAGCUUUGAGAACUUGCUUGAUGUUUUCUGGAAGCGCCAUGAUCCCACCACCUUGAAUCGCCAGGGGAAUGAUGUGGGGACGCAGUACCGAUCAGGGAUAUACUACUACACAGACGAGCAAGAGAAGUUAGCUCGUGAAUCUUUGGAGAAGCAGGAGAAGAUCUUGAACAAGAAGGUUGUGACUGAGAUACUUCCCGCCAAGAAAUUCUACAGAGCAGAGGAAUACCAUCAGCAAUACCUGGCUAAAGGCGGUAGCAUGGGUCGCAGACAAUCACCUGAGAAAGGUUGCAACGAUCCCAUCCGAUGUUAUGGUUAAAGAGACUAGUCAGUCGCUCAAGCACAUAA